AUGCAAUUAGCCUUUCCGCAGUUGGAAGCCACUUUCAACGCUCUUCAUCGAGGCCGUCUUCUCAACGCACUUCGCAUCGAAAGAGUACCAGGAAACUGGAUGUGCACAGCACCGUUUGAAGUGGUAAGUGGAGUGAGACAAGGAGUAGUGGCGAGACCCUUCCUGUUCAAUUUCGCCAUCGACGACAUGAUGCGAAGAACAGUCGAUCAGUGUCCUGCUAACAUCAUCUUAGCACCACAAGGGUGCCCCUUGACUGAUCUCGAGUACGCCAACGAUGUUGUUAUAUUCGCGGAAAGCACUACGAAACUUUAA